ACGAUAGUACAGUAAUUAAUAAAUAUAGUAUAUCGUAAUAUAAUAAUAGUAUUCUGUACCCUGAACAUCAGUAUAUUGGAUAUCAUUACUUUUACUUAAAAGAAAAGGCAAGAUGACCUAGUUUUAGGUUUACAUAAAAUGUAUUCAAAUUGUACAUCCAAACACCAUAUAUGAUAUGUUAGACACAUCAUAAAUACUUAAUGUAUGGUUUAUAUAACAUAUAUUGUGAUCAACUCGGGAACAAAGAGAUGACUUGCCACCGUUGGGCUGAGGCACAAGCCGACAACGACCUUGCAGCGUGACCGGGGUCCGACAACGACCUUGCAGCCGACAAGGUGGCCGAUUCCCCCACGUUUCAUUAAAGGUGUUGACGGGAAAACCACGAAACGGAUCUGCUGUUCAGGAGAGAGGGCGGAGGAGAGGGGAGGAGGCAGAAGAGGGGAGCCAGGGAGAGAUCCCCUGAGAGAGCCACUCUUAUUGUUUCAGGGUCUCUGAACGCAGGGCACGAGCAGCGAUGACACCCGUCCCCAACGGCACCCAGCUACACUCCCUUAUCCUCUCCCUUCUCACGCGCCUCAACGGCACGACGGCCGGGGGACACUACACUACCCAGCAGGCCGAGAGUGGUCAGGGGUUUGUUUACAUCCUGCUGGUUGUGGGCCUGUUCAGCUUCUUCACCUUCGGCAUCAUGCUGAGCUACAUACGCUCCCGCAAGCUGGAGGGCUCCCAGGACCACUACCACCAGUACAUCGCUCACGACUGGACCAAGGCCCCGCCUCCUUACACAACUGCGAGCAAAUCAGCGCAGGCCAGGUCUCCAGCAAACUCCACCCCCGACACUGUCAUCUGCAAUCCUGCGACCGAUCCCGGCCUAUUCCGCAAAGCCAAUCAUCUAAAGUCAGAACUUUAGUUAAUGUCUAAAAUAAAUGUCAUGCAUCACAUGAUGACGGGUUUCAAUAGAUGCUCCAAGUUCAACAGAAUAAUAACUAUUAUUUCAGGUAGUUUUCAUCUUCCACAACCUGACUGAGUGACUUUAGGACCCAAUGACUUUGAUUUAAUGAGAUGUAUAAUACAAAUGACUUAAUAAAAAAUAAUAUCC